CUACGAUAAAUAUAAUACACACACUAGUGGCUGGGAACGAUGGCCCAGCGCCGCUCAAAAUUAUUAAAAUACCAACAAAUAUAUUUUUGUUAAUACAUCCUAACUUCUUAACUUACAAUUAAAAUCUACCAUGUUACGACAAUUAAAACACUUCAUACCCCGACGAACGUCCAUCCGAGGCAUUCACGCAACGAUGACGAAUAACUUAUUUUAUGAAAAGGAUCCAAAAGGAGGUUAUACGGAUAAUCGCCCAGAACCAUCAAAAAGCAUGAUUAAAGAUGGUAUUAAGGAACUUAAAGAAGAAAUUGCUCUAUGGUCAAAGGAAGUAAAAGAGCACCUGGAAGCAGAUCCUUUCCUAUUGUACAGACCAGGUGAAACUGACAUUGCCUGGAGAUUCAAUGAGAAAAAUUAUAAAGACUGGAUUGUGACUAGUGAUAGUGAUAAUAAUGAAGGAUAUAGUCACUGCACUCUUAGUUUAAACAGUCAAGGACAUGCAGUAUUUUCAGGAGAGUUGAGCACUAAAGUACCUAAAGAUGGAAGAGUCAAGAGAAGUGGUUAUUGUAAUAUUAAAUCAUUACCAGCUAGAAAAUCAUUUAAAAGAGAGUCAUACUUAGAUUGGACACCAUAUAAUAUGCUUGUGUUAAAAGUUAGAGGUGAUGGCAGGUCAUAUCUAUUAAAUAUUGCAUCAAAGGGAUAUUUUGAUGUAAUGUGGCAUGAUGUUUAUCAUUAUGCACUGUACACAAGAGGAGGACCAUACUGGCAAAUCACAAAGAUCCCAUUCUCAAAAUUCUUCCUGUCUUCAAAAGGCAGAGUACAAGACAGGCAAUACCCACUGCCAAAAAGUAAAAUAACAAGUUUUGGUUUUUCCAUGGGUGACAAAAUCAAUGGUCCCUUCAGCCUAGAAAUAGAUUACAUCGGUCUAGAGUACGACCCGCAUCACACUGAAGACUUCGCCUACGAAAUGUACCAGGCAGAGAGAUACAUAGUCGCAACAUAAAAAUUUAUUUAGUAGUAACAUCGAUAUUCCGCACACAUGAUUGUAAUCAGAAUACGUUGCGUUUUCAGUGUGCAUUCAAUAAAAUAAAAUAAUCUCUGUACAAACGGUCCAUUUAAGUGUAUCACAGUCUAUGAGAAGUUUCUAUGAAUGUUUGUUACAAAUUACACAUAUGAAAGGAAAAUAA